CACUUCUUCUCCUUCUCGGUGUUCCUCCUUUUAUUCGAUUGUCUGGGAAAAUUUCAGAUCCAAUUUCUGCCUCAGAUCUGUCAUCAAGUGACAUGGAGAAAUCUUGCUCUCUGCUUGUUUAUUUCGACAAAGGGACACCAGCUAUUGCCAAUGAGAUCAAAGAAGCUCUUGAAGGAAACGAUAUUCCCGCAAAGGUUGAUGCCAUGAAGAAAGCUGUCAUGCUUUUGCUGAAUGGUGAGACUCUACCUCAGCUUUUUAUCACUAUUAUUCGAUAUGUGUUACCCUCUGAAGAUCACACUAUUCAAAAACUGUUGCUCCUUUAUUUGGAGAUAAUUGACAAAACUGAUGCUAAAGGAAAAGUUUUGCCCGAAAUGAUUUUGAUUUGUCAAAAUUUGAGGAAUAAUCUUCAGCACCCGAAUGAGUACAUUCGGGGUGUAACUUUGAGGUUUCUUUGCCGAUUGAAUGAGGUGGAGAUCAUUGAGCCUUUGAUUCCGUCUGUUUUGGCGAAUUUGGAGCAUCGACAUCCAUUUAUCAGGAGGAAUGCAAUUCUUGCUGUGAUGUCGAUCUACAAACUUCCACAAGGUGAGCAGCUUCUUGUUGACGCACCAGAGAUGAUUGAGAAGGUUCUUUCAACAGAGCAGGAUCCAUCAGCCAAGAGGAAUGCGUUUCUUAUGCUUUUCACUUGUGCCCAGGAGCGUGCGGUUAAUUACCUUUUGACUCAUGUUGAUAGGGUGUCUGAAUGGGGUGAAUUGCUUCAGAUGGUUGUGUUGGAGUUGAUCCGGAAAGUUUGUAAAACAAAUAAGGGAGAAAAGGGGAAGUACAUAAAGAUUAUUAUCUCUCUCUUGAAUGCUCCUUCCUCUGCUGUUACUUAUGAAUGUGCUGGCACUCUUGUGUCUUUGUCGUCUGCACCUACUGCUAUUAGGGCUGCAGCCAAUACCUACUGCCAGCUUCUUCUAUCUCAAAGUGACAACAAUGUUAAACUAAUUGUGCUUGACCGACUGAAUGAACUCAAAUCUACACAUAGAGAGAUUAUGGUUGAUUUGAUAAUGGAUGUGCUAAGGGCACUCUCAAGUCCGAAUCUUGACAUUAGGAGGAAAACAACUGAUAUUGUUCUUGAAUUGAUCACUCCCAGAAACAUCAAUGAGGUUGUUCUUACUUUAAAGAAAGAAGUUGUAAAGACCCAGAGUGGGGAGCUUGAGAAGAAUGGAGAGUACCGCCAGAUGCUCAUCCAAGCCAUUCAUUCUUGUGCAAUCAAGUUCCCUGAAGUGGCAAGCACGGUGGUUCAUUUGUUGAUGGAUUUCUUGGGAGACAACAAUGUUGCAUCAGCUAUGGAUGUGGUGGUUUUUGUGCGAGAGAUAAUUGAAACCAAUCCAAAAUUAAGGGUCUCUAUUAUAACCAGGCUACUGGACACUUUCUACCAAAUCCGAGCUGCUCGGGUCUGUUCCUGUGCUCUUUGGAUCAUUGGAGAGUACUGCCUGUCUCUUUCUGAAGUUGAAAAUGGUAUUGCAAACAUUAAGCAGUGCCUUGGAGAACUACCAUUUUACUCAGCUUCAGACGAAGGAGAAGCUGCUGAUGCUUCAAAGAAGUCUCAGCAAGUAAAUAAUAUAACUACUGUUUCAUCUAGAAGACCAGCUAUACUUGCUGAUGGGACUUAUGCUACUCAGAGUGCUGCCUCUGAAACUGCUUUUUCCCCUCCUACUGUUGUUCAAGGAUCACUGACUUCUGGAAAUUUGAGAGCCCUUCUUCUCACAGGUGACUUUUUCCUUGGGGCAGUUGUGGCAUGCACACUGACAAAGCUUGUCCUGAGAUUGGAAGAGGUUCAACCAUCAAAAGUAGAGGUCAAUAAAGCAUCAACCCAAGCGUUGCUGAUCAUUGUGUCUAUGCUACAACUGGGGCAAUCUUCAGCUCUUCCGCACCCAAUUGAUAAUGAUUCUUAUGACAGAAUUGUGCUUUGCAUAAGAUUGCUAUGCAACACUGGGGAUGAUCUCAGAAAGAUCUGGUUGCAGUCUUGCCGUGAGAGUUUUGUUCAAAUGCUGUCAGAUAAGCAGCUUCGGGAAACAGAGGAAAUCAAGGCAAAGGCUCAGAUUUCUCAUGCACAGCCAGAUGACCUUAUUGACUUUUAUCAUCUGAAGAGUAGGAGGGGCAUGAGCCAGCUGGAAGUGGAAGAUGAGGUCCAAGAUGAUUUAAAACGGGCUACUGGGGAAUUCAUUAAGGAUGGAGAUAAUGCAAAUAAGCUGAACCGGAUUCUUCAACUAACUGGAUUUAGUGACCCAGUGUAUGCUGAAGCAUAUGUGACAGUUCAUCAUUAUGAUAUUGUCCUUGAUGUUACUGUUAUCAAUCGUACUAAAGAGACCCUCCAGAAUCUAUGCUUGGAGUUGGCAACUAUGGGUGAUCUUAAACUUGUAGACCGCCCCCAGAACUACACCCUAGCCCCUGAAUCCAGCAAGCAGAUAAAAGCAAAUAUCAAGGUGUCCUCAACUGAGACUGGAGUCAUAUUUGGAAACAUCGUUUAUGAGACUUCAAAUGUGCUAGAACGAACUGUUGUUGUCCUCAAUGACAUCCACAUUGAUAUCAUGGACUACAUCUCUCCUGCUGUCUGUAGUGAUGCCACAUUUAGGACUAUGUGGGCAGAGUUUGAGUGGGAAAACAAGGUUGCUGUCAACACCGUAAUUCAACGUGAGAAAGAAUUUCUUGACCAUAUAAUCAAGUCGACGAACAUGAAGUGCCUCACUGCAACGUCGGCGCUGGAAGGAGAAUGUGGGUUUUUGGCUGCUAACUUGUAUGCAAAGAGUGUGUUUGGAGAGGAUGCUUUGGUGAAUGUGAGUAUUGAGAAACAAACUGAUGGUAAGCUCAGUGGAUAUAUUAGGAUCAGGAGCAAGACCCAGGGGAUUGCUCUUAGCUUGGGGGACAAGAUCACCCUCAAGCAGAAGGGAGGCAGCUGAUCUGGUCAUUUUUAUCACCUCAACAUCAAUUCUUUUACGAUACGGGUACUCAUCGAGACAACAAUAUUUCCCAAGUCAUAUUAAUUAUCGACAUAGUGGCGUUCAUUACGAAAAUGAGGCAUUUUCUCCUCAAUACUGUACCUUUUUUUGCCCAUUGUAUGCUGGAUCAAACAUUUUUGUACUGUUUUCUUGGAUCCAGAUCCCCUUUAAUGGUUUUUUUUCCUUCCAUUUUCCUUCUUGGCAGAUCAUCCAUCAUCUACCUAUAUACAAUGGGUGCCCAUUCAUUUCUUGGUAGGUGAUCCACCAAGAAGAAAAAUGAAAAAUGUAUUGGAGGAAUCUUCUGUUUUCUUUUACUUUUUCUGUUUCCCCAGUUCUUUUUUACAUUCCUUACAACUCUGAAUUUACAGGUUCCUGUGUUUGAAUUGAAGGAUUAUAGUCAGGUUCUGUCAACUGUUCCCUUUGCAUCUCGGAAGGAUGUUGUGGCUGAACAGAGUUUUACAUGUAGCAAUGCUGUCCUUAUCCUACUUUAUAAGCCGCAGUACUGAAAGAGUAAACAUUAUGUCAUUUUUUAGGAAGAUUUUUGUAGAGAAGAUUGCAAAAGGGAUGAUGUUCUCUCUCCUUUCGACUUGUUUAAGUAGCAGUUUUUGCUUGAAUUAUUUUGGAACAAUAAUUUCAGGUUUUUGCUUUGAGGUCGGACCCCAGUGUUGGUGUAUUCGGGCUCUAUAUGGUUCUCAAUAUUGUCAUUUUUGUCAUCUCUUUUUGUUUGUGUGAGCAGUCAAAUCAUUAGAAGAGGGGGCCUGAUACAACUUUGCUGCAGUCCUGAUUUUUUUUAUUCUUUCAUUUUGCACUUUCUAA